AUGUAUCGAGACACACACCAAGGGUUGACUCCCAUCGAGCCGGAUUCCAACUCCGAUGGAGAUUCAUUAUAUCCAGGGUCGCUUGGCGAGGCCAGUUAUACCACAAGCAUCACAUCAAGUGCGUUGAACUACCAAUAUGAGCCAAAUGACGAACAAGAACAAGAUCGCCUCGAUCUAAGCCAUCAUAUUUAUUUAAUGCUUCUAAAAGGAGAACUACUUCGUGCACCAGUCAAAGAUCCCAAAAGAGUAUUAGAUCUUGGGACAGGGACAGGGAUAUGGGCUAUUGACUACGCGGACGCAAACCCAGAGUCAGAAGUGAUCGGAAUUGAUUUGAGCCCUAUCCAACCAUCGUGGGUACCUCCAAAUUGUCGUUUCGAAAUAGAUGACUUCGAACAACCAUGGUCAUACAGCCAGCCAUUCGACUAUGUUCAUGGGCGCGAAUUGGAAGGCUCAGUUCGUGACCACGACAAACUCUUCGAGCAAGCAUUCGAAAACCUGAAACCCAAUGGAUGGCUUGAAAUGGCAAGCUUUGAACCAACAACGUAUUCAGAUGACGGCAGCCACUUGAAAGCGACAAAUUUUUUGAUAGCCAUCAAAAACAUGCACGAAUCAUCAAAGCUAUUUGGCAAAGAUAUGACAUCUUCAUCAACCUGGAAAGAUCGAAUAGCCAAGGCAGGGUUCAUCAAUGUUAAAGAGGAUGUCUACAAGCUGCCACAAGGUCCGUGGCCGAAAGACCCCAAGCUGAAAGAGCUUGGGAGAUACCAUCAAGUCAACAUGCUUGAAGCCAUGCCACCAUACACAUAG